GGCUGGCUUUCCGUUUUGUAGACAAGCCAAGCGCGGUUUAUGUUUUUGCAGUGCACGUGCAUUGGCGUGCGCUGUGGUGGUCGGUUUGUUUGUGUGUACUAGUUUCGGGAGUAUGACAGCAAACUGUUAGAUGGCUGUCAGUGUAGAAUAUACGAGUUGUGCCUGCAAUCGCAACCCCCAAUCGCUGGACUGGGGCUCUAACAACGUUGUUGCGUAUGGAGCCUGCAACGCUGUCGUCCUGUACGAUCCCCAGGCUAACGGUGGUGCUGGUGCCGUCACACACACCCUCGUUAACCACAACGCCAAGGUUAACUGCGUUCGGUGGAUCCGCAGAAAAAAUGGUGCAGAAACGACGUUACUGAGUACGGCCGUUGAUAAAACGGUGACUAUAUGGGCCAAGAAAGACGAUAAUUUUAUUCCAGCUGCAAGGCUUGUCGGCCACGAAGAUGCGGUGACGACGGCAGAUGCUUUGUACUCGACACCAGCAUCAAGCGACCUAAUCACUGUUGCAAGCGCUGGCGGAGACUUUUCCAUUCGCAUAUGGGAGGUUGACGCAGAAUUUACGGCGAGAUGUGUCCAAGAAAUCAAUUUGAAAGGAAAUUUUGCUAUGGACAUCAGGAUGUGUUUUCUACCAUCCACAUGCGUUCCACUGCUGGCCUAUGGUGGUAACGACAUGCUGGUGCACUGUUACUACAAGGAUUCUACGGCAGGCUUCGUGAAGUGCCAUACACUAUAUGGCCAUGAGGAUUGGGUCAGAGGCAUUGCCUUCAAGGAAUGUGCUGACGACAGCGUGUUUGUUGCCUCUUGCAGUCAAGACAGCGUAAUACGAAUUUGGAAGAUAUCGCCAUGCAAGGAUGAUGAGUCAGUAAACAGUGACAGCACGGCUGGCGAAAUCAAACUUCGAGGCAGUAUGUUUAAAGCCGCAGUUAAUGAGUCUUCUCAAGCCUUUGAUGUUGGCCUGGAGACUGUGCUCUCUGGCCAUGAAGGCUGGGCUUACAGUGUUCACUGGUGUCCAGCAACGUUACGAGGUGAAGACGGAGGUGAACUCCAUAGCCUCCUCUCUGCAUCCAUGGAUAAGACUGUUGUUGUAUGGGAACCAGACAGUUCAACAGGGCUUUGGCUUGAUAAGGCUCGGUUCGGCGAUAUAGGUGGAAACACAUUGGGCUUUCUCGGGGCCGUAUUUGGUCCUGAUGGGAACAGAAUCCUGGCUCAUGGCUUCCAGGGUUCAUUUCACAUGUGGAAGAGGCCAGAGAGUGUCAGAGACAACCUUUGGCAGACCACCGUGACACCUGGUGGUCACUUUGACAGAGUGGGAGACAUUGCCUGGUCUGCUGGUGGCGAAUACCUGCUGAGCUGCAGUUCUGAUCAAACCACAAGACUGCAUGCUCCUUGGAUCAUGCCUCAAGGCAGCAAAUCCUGGAAAGAGAUUGCCAGGCCACAGGUGCACGGCCAUGACCUUGCCUGCAUCGCGUCGACUGGGCGGCUCCAGUUUGUCUCUGGAGCCGAGGAGAAGGUGUUGAGGGCAUUUGAAGGAACCCGCAACUUCAUUGAUAACUUCAAGAGACUGUGUGGUGCCGAGUUGCUCGAACACUGCAGCAUAAAGGAAUUGGCUGAAGGUGCCAGUGUGCCCUCUCUAGGCUUAUCCAACAAGGCCGUUUAUGAGAGCGACCUCACUCGCAACACUGAUGAUGCCGAGCGACACCCAAAAAACCAGUUUCCCGAGUUUUACUUCACACCCGUCGUCCUCACAGAGCCACCUACAGAGGAAGACCUCCUGCAGAACACACUGUGGACAGAAGUGAGGAAGCUGUAUGGACACGGCUACGAGCUCUUUGCCCUAGCAAGCUCACAUGAUGGCAAGCUUAUUGCAUCUGCCUGCAAGGCAAGCACACAGCAACAUGCGGCCAUAAUCCUCUGGGACACCGCUACAUGGAAGCAAGUAGGGGAGCUCGUGUUUCACAACCUGACAAUCACGCAAAUGGAAUUUUCCCCCGACAACCGUCACCUGUUGAGUGUCUCGAGAGACCGGUCAUGGUGCAUACACAGGAUUGACAUCGGCGGAAAUGUGUUCAGCAGAGUGGCAUUUGCCGAUAAGAAGAAUGCAAUCCACCAGAGAAUUAUUUGGAGCUGUGCCUGGUCUCACGAUGGCCUGUACUUUGUAACAGCAUCAAGGGACAAAAAGGUCGUGGUCUGGGGCUGGAGAGUGGACGGCUCUUCUGAAACAAGUUUAGGCCCUUUUGAGAGCAAGGCACAGUUGAGUGUCGAGGAUUCGGCCACGGCUGUCAGCUUUGCACAGAGCUUCUCUGGAGGCGACAGGUACCUCAUAGCCGUAGGACUUGAGAAAGGAAGCAUUCACCUUUACCACUGGAGUCUGGAAUCCGGGUGGAUGUUAUAUGAAACACUGCAACAAUCCAUUGCACACCACCUGUCAGUGAAACGAUUGAAGUUCUGCCCCAGACCAGACCAUCAAUUGUCCUUUCUGUUUGCAAGCUGCGGAGAUGAUCACAUGGUACGAGUGUACAAUAUCUCCCAACUAGCAUGAUUACUGUAUACUGCGAUGUAAUAAAAGUAUAGUUUCUGUUUAAA